GAGCUCUCAACUGUCGCAUUUUCUCUAUAAUUAUUUUUUAUAGAGGUUUAUGUCGUCGUGUUGUCUCGGCCAACCAUGUCGACUCACAGAGAAGGCGUCAAUCCUUUGAGGCCGUACUACAUCCCUCCCACAAUUGGAGAAGCCGCCGAGACAGUCAAUAAGUCGAGCCCUAGCCCAAACCCAUUCCCCGAUGGACGACAUGUGACUGCAGCUGGUGAAAGAUAUGCCUCCAAAGCACGCGAUAUUCUCUCCGACCUCGAAUACAAUGAUUAUCUAGGCGAUACCUCCCCGUCUAUGGUCCAGAAUGUCAAGGACCUUAUCGACGAGCUGCUAUGGAAGUACACCUCAGUGCUCAUGGCCCAACCUUUCGAGGUGGCAAAGACAUUGCUUCAGGUCCGGAACCAGGAUGAAAAUGCUGUAUACGAAACUCCUGUUGAGCCGGAGACGCCUAAGAGACAGCCCUCUUUUCAUGGAAGCUCUAUGUACGGCGGUUUCGGAGACUCAGAUUCUGAAGGCGAGGAACCUGCCUAUUUCACAUCUCACGUACCAUCGACUCCCAGUCCUUCGACUCCUAGAAGCUCGCACGGUCGACGAGCUCCCUCUCCUGUUAAGAAACCGAAUGUUCCGGAACAUUACCUCACACUUCGCCGACCAGAUUCGAUUCUUGAAGUGAUCGGGCAGCUAUGGGGAAAAGAAGGUGCUUGGGGUGUAUGGAAGGGAUCAAAUGCAACAUUUCUCUAUACGGUGUUGCAGUCGCUGCUGGAAAACUGGGGUAGAAGUUUUCUCAGUGCGAUUUUCAAUGUCCCGGACAUGGGCGUUAGAGAGGACAUUGAUCGCAUGAUCGAUAUCGCCUCGCCGUAUCCUUGGGCGUCGCUCUUUGUUGCCGCGACUGCUGCCGUGGCUACAGGACUCGCUCUCUCACCAUUAGACUUGGUGCGAACUAGACUUAUCGUCACUCCGAGCUCAAACGGCCAGCGCAGGACGCUAGCCACCCUCAGAAACCUCCCCUCAUACCUCUGCUCGUCGAUGCUAGUAUUGCCAACCGUCCUCAACUCAUUGAUCCAUCCUCUUAUCACUCUCUCAACACCCCUGGUUCUCCGAACUCAGUUCAUGAUCGACAGCCAGGUCUCGCCAAUGACCUUUUCUAUCGCCAAAUUUGUCGCCUCAUCAUCUGCAAUCCUGCUCAAGCUUCCUAUUGAGACUGUCCUUCGACGUGGUCAGGUUUCGGUUCUGUCAAGCCACGAAUAUGUGCAAGCACUUAGCGGUCCUGACCAACAAUUCACAACUAUUGUCCCCCCAGGACGUUAUGAAGGCACUUUUGGCACCAUGUUCCAUAUCGUGAACGAAGAGGGAACUCACGAGGUCGCCAGCACGAAACCAGCCGUAGCAAAGAAAGGCAAGGCUAAGACUAAGGGUGUUGCCGCCACAGUCUACAAGGGCCAGGGUCGCGAGGGACUCUGGAGAGGCUGGAAGGUCAACUGGUGGGGACUUGUUGGUCUUUGGACUGCCAGCGUGGUUGGCCAUGGCGGGGAAGGCGAGUUCUAAGACGGCACAAUGAUGAAUGUUUGUGGUGUAUGCACUGAGGUGCAUUUUCCUGGCAUGGCGUUGCGGUUGGGAUGUAUCUCUCCCCUACGAGCUUGACGAAGAGACGGCAUGAUAUCCACCUCCAUCUUUCUAAAAAUGGUGUAAAAUGACAAAAGGGGUUGUUUUCUAG